UUUCUUUUGUUUGCCCAGUUUUUCCUCCCAGAUUCCUGUAAACCUGUUACCUAACAAGGUCAGCGUCACUUAGGUGUUCUCACCCUCUAAUGGGAACACUGGCCAGGGAUUAAAGCCCAGACCGCCAUCCUAAGAAGUCCGGGAGCCUCCAACUGGGAACCUUCCACACUUUCUUCAGGCGACCUUACAGCAGCACCAACAAUCGCAAUGAGAAUUCUAAUCUCUUCCCUCCUUCUGUUGCUGCCACUAAUGCUGAUGCCUAUGGUCUCUAGCAGCCGAAAUCCAGGGGUCGCCAGAGGCCAUCGGGACCAACGCCAGGCUCCUAGGAGGUGGCUCCAAGAAGGCAGCCAAGAAUGUGAGUGCAAAGACUGGUUCCUGAGAGCUCCUAAAAGAAAACUCAUGACAGUGCCCGGGCUGCCAAAGAAGCAGUGUCCCUGUGACCAUUUCAAGGGCAGUGUGAAGAAAACCAGGCACCAAAGGCACCACAGGAAACCAAACAAGCACUCCAGAGCCUGCCAGCAAUUUCUCACACGAUGUCAGCUGGAAAGCUUUGCUCUGCCUUUAUAGGAGCCCUGAAGGCCCACUCUCCCAAUGCAACUGUCUCAGUCCGGAAGGCAGUGAGUGCACCUAGACGAUGCUCUCCCACUUGCAGCUCCGCCUCCUUGUCCCCACUCGUGUUUUCACAAAGCAUUUUCUCCAAGAUUACUGUUCUCUCUAGUGCCCUCUUCUCUUCUUAGUCUUUUCCUGUGCCCUACCGAUCCCACCCCCACCCCCACCCCCCCCCCCACCCCCGC